GCGAGGGAGGGAGGGAGGCGGGAGCGGGGCCCCUUGGAGCAGGCGCCACAGGAUUUUCCACCGCCGCCACUAACCCCUCCCCAGGCAGAUCUCGCCUCCCGCCAAGUUUUGUUUUCCUCGGCUCCGGUUAACUUCGGCGGGAAGUUUCGGGUUGAGAAAUCGGCCCUUUCGGCACCCAGGAGAGUUCAAGGCUCGCUCGGCUCCCGUUUGCUCGCUCCCCGCUAAGCGGCUGCUGCGUUUUCGCCCCACAGGGGUAGCUGCGUUCCCAGGACAGGUGGUUACUUCUGUGCGGAAAUACGCAGUUUGGAAGUCUUGUUUGCGGCACGGUGGGUUUUGUUUCCAAAAGACGCCAGCGAGAGCAGUUAACGCUUGCCUGCGGGCACCCUGUGGCUCUCACACUUCGUUCCCCUCCAAAGGGGUAUAAAUAGAAAAUACUGUGGUGCUUUACCUCCCACGAGGUGACAACCCAGUGGCCAAAAGCUGGAUUAUUUUUAGCAGUUCUUGCAAGUGUCAGCCCUGCCGUAGGGAGCCGAGUGCUGUUUCUUUAAACCCGUAGCAGGAAGCUGGGCCAGGAAGGGACCGGGGCAGCAGCCCUACACUCCAAGGCAGAAAACAGCUUUAGGGUUAACGCUGUGUUUUCACUUUCCUGCUCAGCAAAAAGCGACUCACCAUCACAUGACGGUCACUGCGGCGCAUGCCCACACUGCCGUGGGGAGCAAAGGUUGGGAGGCUGCAGGUCCCGUUUCACAGGGCAAAAGCGAAGCCAGGGAGUAGCGGGAGCGCGGGUGCUCCCCGGCUGCUGUCACCCCCGUCCAUGCUCCCUCUUCAGCUUCAGCUGGCGCCUUUGGUAGUCCCAGCUCCUGAGCCAGGACCCACGGGGACUCUGCCCGCUGAGUAACACCUCCCGGCCCAGGAGCUGAGCUGGGAAGUCCUCUGCUUCCUCACAGUGCUGGAGGCGGCUGCCGGAGUGCUUCUCACUGCUCAGAGACGGGACGCUUCUGGCCAUCUCUGCCCCACAUUUCAGUCAGAAAUAGGAGCUGCAGGGAAAGGUCCUGCUGAGAUACCUGAGCCUGCAGAGGUACCGUCAGCAUCACGCGCUGGCGCAUUUGAGCACUGGCGGCUGCCAGCGGUGCCUUGAGCGCUCUGUGAGGUCCUGGAUCUGGCCCGUUGUGCCACCACGAUCACACAUAAAUCCUUCUCCUGUGGCCGAGUCGGGAGGGUUAAGUCGUAGGGUUCGCUAUGUUGCACGGCGGGACCGUGGGGUGCCCCAUCCUCACAAUGCAGUGGUGUAGAUGUGUUAGAGGCUGUCCCUGGUGCCCAAGUGUCCCCAUGGCCUGGCACAGGUGUUAGCAUUGGCGGCACACCCACUCCCUUCUCAGGAACAGCGGCAGGUAGGGGACAUGCUUGGAUAGAGGAUCUGCUUCUUCCCUGUAAGUCCUUUUCCUUCUCUAUUUGAAGCUGCAUCCAGGUGCAUUAUAAUAGCUGACCAUCCGUAUAGAGGGCUAGAUCCUGGUCCCUUGCAUUAGGGAAAGCUUUUGCCGACAAAUCAGGUGGCAAUGGGGUCCUGCCUUGUGGAGGUGCCAUUAGACCCGCUGCCUUCCCGAGCACUUGCGGGUUGUCCCAUCCUUCAGCAGCCCUGGCUAGAAUUAGAAUUAGGGCAAAUCAAUGAAAUAGCAGGCAACAGAAAGGGAGUUGAAAUAGCCUGCCUCAGGGCCUCGACACAGUGUAGCUCUGCCGGUGGGCCUGAUCAGACACCAGGCUUUGACUUUGCUGAGGGAUCUCUCCUCUGAAAACCAGCUAAAGGCUCUUGUGCCUGCAGCUAACCUGGGCUGGUCUCUGAGCCCCAUCUCUGAGCCCAAAUGAGGAGGGGUCCAGCAGUGAUGCAGAUCUAGGAAAGUCUCCUCUCCUGGCCUCCCUCAUGCGGCCACAUCUCCGGGGGCUCUGAGCCAAAGCAAGAGGCCUGCAGUUGUGCCAAGGAUGCAAGGACCUGGGAGAAGGGUGGCUCUGCUCCCAGCUGGAACUGACUUAGGCAUGGGAAGUUUUGGGUUGUAUUUGUUUCUUUCCUAAAUCUUAUCCAUCUCUUGUGUAAGUUCCUGAAAUCUCUCCCCCUCCUGAGCCUCUCCUGCCUGCUCCGGCAGCCGGUGGAGGAGGCCAUGGCCACCCCUGCUGCACAGAACAUGUUCCCUCACCUCUGUAUGCAGCUCCCCACGCUUCCUGGCUCUUAUUGCAUCAGAUUUCAGCCUGCUGUUUUCCCAGCUCCACCUUUCCUCUCCGCUCUCCUCCCAACUCUUCACCUUAUUGCUGCUUGGAGUGCGCUUGGUGGCAGCCUGUCCCUCAAACCCUUUCCUGUGUGUGCAGCCUUCUCUCCCCAGCUUCAAAUUUGCCUCAUCCAUCUGCCCCUUGUCUCCUCCUUCUAGCUAGCCCUCACCUCUGCCCAUUUUCCCUCUCCCUUGGUCUGGUUGCUCCUCCAGCAGAGGGACUGCCUGAGACAGGGACAUGCUGCUUGGUUGCAUUUCGAGCCCCCAGCCCUUGCCACCCCCCUCCUCAGAACCCAGUGACAAGGGAAAAAAACAGUUGACUAGCAAGGGGACGGGCACAGGUUUGGUGACUUUUCCUCCUGCAGUGCUGAAUCACGGUGAGAUGACUUUUCUCCCACCCACGCAACGCUGCUGUGCCCAGAUCCUUUGCUCCCCUCCUCGGGACCUCUCCAGACACUUGAUUCAUUUGACCUCCUCCCCUGGCAGACCGGGGUGCACUCGCCAAAUGGGGCACGAGGGCUGCGGGGUGGCAUGUCUGCGUGCCCCGGCAGGUCCCGGCACGCAGGCUCAGCUCGGUGGAGGCUCAGGCGCUGCUGGGCUCCCACUUUGCAGGGCAGGGCAGGUGCCCGCGCUGAGGUGGGCACAUGCCGGUGCACCGGGCAAGCGUGUGCGGCGAAGCGGGAUGCCCUGGGCAGCGUGCGGCAGUGAGACCUGGCCGAGCUUGCAGCUGGUUUCACUCCAGCAGCCAGAGCCAUGGAGUUGCUGCUUUUACUUUCCUUUUAGCACCAGGCGGACUCUCGCCUGCGUUUCCUCCCCUCUCGGAGGAGGAAGCUUGGCCUGGCUGCCGUGUCCCUGCAGCAUGGCAGGGCCAUUUCGGGUCCUCGGAGACCUCUGAGCAGGGCAACCUGGCAGCCUCAGGGCAGCACGAAGGAGGGCCGGCCUUGGGGGAGACGAUGGCAGCAGACGGACUCUCUAGCAAGGCCUUGAAGGUCAAGCGGGAGCUGGGGGAGAACACGCCGCUGCUGUCGGACGAGGAGCUGAUGGGGCUGUCGGUGCGGGAGCUCAACCACCACCUGCGGGGCCUCUCCAAGGAGGAGGUGGCGCGGCUGAAGCAGCGCCGGCGGACGCUGAAGAACCGGGGCUACGCGGCCAGCUGCCGGGUCAAGCGGGUCUGCCAGAAGGAAGAGCUGCAGAAGCAGAAGAUGGAGCUGGAGUGGGAGGUGGACAAGCUGGCCCGGGAGAACGCCGCCAUGCGCCUGGAGCUCGACACCCUCCGCGGCAAGUACGAGGCCCUGCAGGGCUUCGCCCGCACUGUGGCUGCUCACGGGCCCCCUGCUAAGGUGGCCACUGCCAGCGUCAUCACCAUCGUCAAGUCCGGCACCAACCAGGCCGCCUACUCCUAGUGCCGGCCCCCGUCCCCCUGCCGGGUGAGGCCCCCCAGGGCGCCUUCCCCCACAGAUCAACUUGAAGGUUGCCUCCCUCUCCCCUCCCCAACCCCCUUCCACAGCUGCUGGGACCCAUGGUCCAGGGCCCGAAAUCUCCUCCUGCUCCACGGUCUCCCUUGGAUUUGCAGCCUCUCCUCUGCCCAGAGCCCUCUCAAGGCCUGGGGCUAGCCGUCCUGCGCAGGGAGGGGGCGUUGGGAAGGGGUGACGGGACCCUGCUGGGGGACCCUCGAGGAAGCAGCGGCCCCCAAAGCCUGGCAGUGCCCCGCAACACCCCUCGUCUCCGACUCCAGCCCGAGCACCCUGCCUGUCUCCUGCUGCAGCCUCCUCCUGGCCGGGCACCUCUCACCCAGGCAGCCGUGUGUGGAAGAGAGGGAUGCUCACACAAGCAGAGCUGAGGAAGUGUCCCAUGUCUCCAAGCUGGCAGGAAAACCCUGUGCACCUCUUUUUUUGGAGAGGGUGCAGGAGAGCUGAGUGCAAGCCAGGCACUCUCAGGAGCAUGCCAGGGAGAAAAAUGAGGGGAAGGAGUUUUGCAGAAGGGACAAGAUGGAGAGGGGUGUAUCAGUGCUGAGGUCUGGCUCGGCGUCAGCUUCACAACUUGGACCUGUGUUGGCCACCGCCGCAGUCAGCACCUGGAAGAGGUGGCAGCGUGGCUGUGGGUACGCGGAGGGCCAUGGGCCUGUUUGGCUUGGCUCUCUGCUGGCUGAAGCCUCGAGCUUUUUGGCACAGAAGAGAUCAGAGACAGCGAGGACAGGUGGCAGGUCAGAGGGGGAGAGAAAGUGGCUGUGGGUUGGUGCCUGAAUUAGUGUAAAUGGAGGUGGAAAACCAUCAUGGCAGCCUGUGACAUUGGAGUCCGGGGGAGUCCGGAGGUGACAGGGAACAGUGGCGAGGGAAGGGAGGACCUUGGUGGAGGGAGAGCUCGGGGACAGUGAGAGGGUUGGUCCCGGUCUUGUUUCUUCCGCUGUAGCCCUGGGCUGUUGCUGGUGAGGGCCAAGAGGAGAAGCAAGAGGUGCUCUUUUAUCUCUCUCCAUCACGCACAUCCUUCACACCUCUUCCUGCCCACGGGGACGCGGCAGCCCCAGCCAGGCCGGGUGGCUCUGAAACAGAGAGGCACCAGCAGGAAGGAAACGAAGGCAGCUGGAGCAGAGAUAAACACUAUUUUGUUCAGCACAAGCCGGCUUGGACAGCCCCACAAAGCCAGGCACGCGUUCCCCUCCGCUCCACUGCAGGAAGACUACAAAGCACGCGGAAAGGUGGUCCUGGCCCCAGGGAGCGAGAGCCAAGGCCGGCUAAAAAGGAGAGGCCGAGAGAGGGGUGGUGGUGCUGAAGGUGGGCAGUGCUGGGCUAGAGACCGAGGAUGUCUCUGCUCCUGGGAUUUGCAGGACCUGCCUCGCACGGUGUUGCUUCUCCCUUUGAUUUUCCUCUAGCUUGGACACAAGCCUGGGACAGCUCUCUCUUCAGAAGGCUUAAGUGCUGGAGAAGAGUUGGGUUUUACAAAUGCAUGCAGCAACCUGGAGACGUGGAGAGGUAACAAGAGGCAGUCCCUUCUCGGCACCUGCCAAGUACCCGGUUGUCCCUUCCUGCCCCUGCCCGGAUAUUGCCACGCCAGCCACGCUAGGCUGCAGCCUCCAUCCCUCCCUGAAGAGAGGUGCCCACCGCGCUGCGGAGAGAGCACUAUGGUUAGCAUCCCCCCACCCCACCCCCAACUCCUCUUGGGUUUAUUUAUUGCACGAACAUAAGUUAUUUUCACGUCCUCUUUGCCAUUCCGCCUCUCGGCACAGCCAGGAUGUUGGUACAGAGCCGUACUUUAUAUUUUAUAUAUGCAAAUCACAUUUUAUCUUAUAUAGAGCAAAAAAUACUUAUUUAUUUUCUGACUUACAGUAUGUGUCCUACCUGACUUCUCUGUAUUUUGUAGACUUUACAAAUAAAGCAAGUUCUUUUUUUUCCACA